UCACCUUCCUCAAACAUGGCUUUCCCAUUACAGGUGCACAACGCUACGGGGGUCUUCAUCAUCAACCUCACCCUGUCUGACCUCAUGUUUUGCGUGUUCAACCUCCCCCUGGCGGCGUCCCUGUUUGGCCAGUGCUCCUGGGUUCACACCGGCUUCGUCUGCCUGCUGUUCCCCAUCCUGCGGUACGGGCUUGUUGCGGUGUCUGUUUUCACUGUGCUCGCCAUCACUAUCAAUCGCUACGUGAUGAUCGCACACCCGCAGCUCUACAACAAGGUGUACACUCCGGCCUGGCUGACGGUGAUGGUGCUGUCCACGUGGCUGGGGGCCUUCGGUGCUCUGGUGCCCACGCUGCUGGAGCUCUGGGGCACCUUCGGCCUCGACCCCACCAUCGGGUCCUGCACCAUCCUGCCAGACAGAGAUGGAAACUCUCCUAAGGAAUUCCUCUUCGUCUUCGCCUUCGUGCUGCCGUGUGUCGCCAUCUGUGUCUGUUACGCGCGCAUCUUCUUCAUUGUGCAUCGCGCUGACAAGAAGAGCCACAGUAGCGGGCGUAUCCUUAAAGUUAACGGAAAGAGGCGGAAAACCCAACGUCUGGCCUCCUCACCCUACCGCGGUCCUCCCACUCCUGCCACCCUGCAUCCCGUACCCCUCAAUGACUGUCUGCAGCGGGAGACGCGUGCCAAGCUCUCCUCCAGCAGGAACUCCGUCAGGGUUGAGAUAGUGGAGCCGGAGAAGGAGGGAGAGAACUCCAGUCCUAAGGAGAAGAGCGAGCUUGGCAGGGAUGGGGGAGGGAAGGUGGGAAGGACGCCCUCGCCGGACAUCACGCCCGGAGACGCCCCAACGGACGCCUGCUCGCUCCUGAGAACAGAGGUGAAUGGCUUCUCAGGGCACACCUCCCAGGAGGGUGGAGUGGCUCACGAGGUGCCCUACUCUCCUAUCAGAAUAUGUCCGCCCAGCGCGCCUGAUUCUCCGGUGUCCCAGAAGUCAGGGGAGAAGCCGAACGAGGACGAGGACGAGGAGGACCGGCGGGCCUCCACCAUAUCGGGAUCGGGGAAAGGUAACGCUUUUUCACAACUACGAGGGACAUUCGAAGGGACUGGCUCCUUUAUCUCCCGCCAGCCCAACCUGAGCCCCAAGGACCGACGACUUCUGAAAAUGAUUCUGGUCAUCUUUAUGUCCUUCGUGGCGUGUUAUCUUCCCAUCACGCUCGUCAAGACUUUCAGCAAGGAUGACAACCCCGUUCUUAACAUUCUGGGCCUGCUGCUCAUCUACAUGACCACCUGCAUUAACCCCAUCAUCUACGUCGUCAUGUCCUCGGAGUACCGCCAGGCCUACGUCAGCCUCCUCACCUGCAAGAGGGAUGUGGACCCGACCAAUCGCUCCGUUACAAAAAUAUCCUGAAGACGAUCCCGGCCACGUUUCCAGCCGGCCAAGCGCGUCAUCGGGGCGUUCCGUUCCCGUGGCCCCUCCGCCCCUCGACGCGGGCCGACUGGCAUGGAAGUGCCGGGAUUACGUGUAACAGGUGUCGCAGCUGGAGACGCCUGUGAUCUGGACUAUUCGUUAGGAUAGAAUCGCUUCCAGCUCAGCUCUUAAAGAUAGAUAAAGAGUCGUUGAGCUUUCAACUACAAACUGAAACAACAGAGAUCUGCUGCCUGUGCGACCGAGCGACCCCUCCCGGCUCCCUCAUUUCUCGCUCAGGUUGCCUCGAGCCUAGCUUUUAUACAAAGGAACACUUGUGCGCACAAGGGAUCGUGACAAGUGCAGGUUGAAUUCUCUGAUUGAUCAUUCUCAUAAUUUUGUUUUUUCACGUGUAAUGCGUCCCGCGCUGCCGCGUCACCGGCCGUGCCGCCUGGCGGGCCCGGCGGGACUUGCCUAAUAACCAGCUCAUCUGCCGUUUUGUACAGCUUUCAUGAUCUACUGGAGGCCGCCAUUGUGACCUCGUUUAUCAAUUCUCCAUUUUAUGUCAUUCUUUUCUGUGUUUUUCUA